AUGAGACUUUUUGUUGCAUCUGAAAGUGCAGACAACCUACAAGGAGAAAGCACACUAGUCUCUGCCAUAGUGGAAGCUGAAAAGAUCUAUACCAUGCUAUGUCUCUUCUCCAAUCCACAUGAAGAUACAAACACAAGUGUUUGUGCAUUGCCAAGACGAUCUGAGACAUUUGGAGGUUAUGACAGCUCUGGACAUUCAAAAAGUGGCAGCUUUAAACAGAGGGUCAAAGAGCGACGUACAACAUCCACUAGCUCAGAAAGCCAAAUUCAAGAUCUUGUGAAUAGUGAGUCGGAAAUGUCAGUGACAUUGCUGGAAAACAGCAAUCCUUCCACAUGUCAAGAAUCCGAGCUCGUCAACAAGAUGCAAACACUGUUGCAGUUGCUGUAUAGUCUACAGGCCAUAGUCAUACAACAAGACAGCUACUUUGAGGUGCAGAGAGAACGAGAGAAACAGCUGAGACAGCAAUCAUCAAGAGGUAAUUGGUUGUUGGAGCAGGAGAAACAACGCAAUUUUGAAAAGCAAAGAGAAGAGUUGGCUAAUGUACAAAAACAGCAGGAGCAAUUAAAACAAGAAAAGCAGCGAUGGGAACGUGAAAGAACUAAGCAUCAAAAAGAGAUGGAGGCUGCUGAGAUGAGGCUAUGGAAAAGAGAGGAGACUUCUCGGAUAGACAAGGAGAAGUUAGACCAGGAACGGUCAGAUUUGGAAAAACAAAGACAAGCUUAUCAACAUGAUUUGGAGAGGCUCCGUGAGGCACAAAGAGCAGUCGAGAAGGACAGAGAGCGCUUGGAGCAGUUGAAGAAGAUAAAAAAAACAAGUGUUAGUGCUGGGUCCUUUUCACCAGACCUGGUCCAGGUAACUUUGGGUGUACCACAUUCAGCAAGCUUUAACGGUGAAGGAAUGCAGAGCCUGGAAGGGGCUAGUCAGCUUGUUAUGAAACCUUUAACCAAAACCAGUGCUUCUGUAUCAGCAGCUGAUUACCUGGAGAGACCUGAAGUUAUGCGUCGGGAUAGUAGUUCCACAGACACAAGGCCAGCAUUGAAAAAUGAUGUGCCUAUCCAUUUGUUAAGUGCCACUAAUCAGAUCCAAAAGCAACCAUUACUUGCUAAGCAACAGAUUCCCACUAAACUCGCCCUGAGCAAAAGCGGGAAGGAAAAAUCUGGCAGAGGAAAAGCCUCUCAUCGCACAGAUAGUUCAGCAUCUAUAGAUCACAGGCUACUGUUCCCAUCUAAGCUCUCUGGAAAAGAUGAAAGUACAGUGAGGAGCAGACGAUCAGCAAGUCCUAGUCUCACAAAUAGUCUUAUCACAAUCUUUCCUCAAGACCCUUCAGGACAAGGAGAUCCCAUCAAUGAGACACCACCAUAUCAUUCAAGCUUGCAUCGGCAAAGCAGUGCUCAUCUACUGACACCCUCUAUUCCUCCUCCACCACCUCCUGCUCCAGCUACCGAGGAAGAUACAAAUAAAGAAGAUGUUAUAUUUUUCUAG